CUUUGAAAUGUUAUUGUACAUUGUAAUCCUAAUCCGUCAGAUUGGAAAAAUAAAGGUUUUUGAGAGCAAUCACUCUCGUUAGAAUCAUUUUUCAAAAAUUCGCUGUAGCAUUCAAAUUUCGAUCCCUAAACUGAGUUUUAAAUAUCUACCUUUGAUUUUAAUAUACAAUUCGAACAUGUCGAACCGCUUUCUUUCCAUGAAAUCUAACCUUAUUAACAGUAGCAUAAUUAAUUGUUCUUCCAAAAUGAUGUUUAAAGUACCGCUAGAUAGUAGUGAUAAUGUUGCUACAAUAAGAUACGAACAGAUUGAUGAAAACACAUUUGAUUUGGUUCAUACAGAUAUACCAGAGGAGCUACAAGGAAAAGGGCUCGGUACUAUCCUAGCUGAGCGAGUAUUUGAACACCUAGCAAACAACAACAAGAAAUUCAAACUCACUUGUGAGUUUCUACAAAGUGUGUACGAAAGGAAAUUUUGUGAUAGAUAUUCUGCAUUUGUUAUCACUUAAUAAAAUUCUAUUUAUAAGUAUGCCUUUUGUUUGACAUUAAAAUUUUACCAUAAUUAUAAUUAUGUCACCAUGUGUGUGAUGUUGAUCUCACUGAAAAAAAUAUAUGCAC